CAUCCCUGAGUGGGCAUUCAAGUCUCCGCCUAUGAUAGUGGUAUAACGUGGGGCGUUGAGGAUGGCUUCUAUGUUUUCUCUUCUGCACCAGUUCCCGUUUGGGCAGUAGAGGGAAAUAAUGUCUAGUACCGCAUGCUUGGUGUUGUGUACCUUUUGGCCUUGUGGAAUCAAGAGGCUAUGGAUUGCGCUGCAUAAAAAGAUUGCCGGAUUCUUCCUAUAUAACAGCGCCGAACAACUAAGAGGAUGCAUCAGUUCAUCAAACAGCACCAUCCCAAAUCCAGCACCAUGUCUUCAGCUUUGACCCUAGCCAUAUUUUAUGCAAUCUUGUCUAUCGUCUGUGGAGCAUCAAUUUCAUCAAAGGACGUUAGUGAUACUAAUAAAAAGUGCGAAAUAAGUCGGCAUCCGUACACAAUGGCAGAUUUUAGUAGCGGCCAAUGCGACGCGUAUAUUCGUUGUGAGGGAAUGAGCGGUGAAAUGAGCUUCGAACUCUGUGAGGACGGGCUUGUAUAUGGAGAUCUUUGUGACAUGCCCCAGCGAGUAAACUGUACUGGCCGUGAUCGUCUCCAGCCACCGAAAGGGUCAGGCAACUGUCCAAGACUCAACGGACUCUACGCCCAUAUGGAAUUUUGUGACCAGUACUAUUACUGCCGCAUGGGCAUUCCCCUACUCAUCACCUGUCCAGCUGGUCUCGUCUACGACGUCAAGACGGGAGUGUGUGAAUUCCCCGACGAGGCUCAACGCCCAGGAUGCAUGCCGGAAGAGGUCUUAGGCUUCGUUUGCCCACCCAUCACGAACACUACGCAGCUGACAUUCGGCGAUCACUUGCGCUUCCCCAAAAAAGACGAUUGCCGCUACUUUUUCAAGUGCCUAAAGAACGGCUACCCUCGCCUUGGCGGAUGUGAAUACGGAAACGUUUUCAACCCGAUUAACGGAUCUUGCGACAUUCCUAAAAAUGUCAAAGGUUGCGAAAAGUACUACGAUGAAGAGGAAUAACGACGAAGAAUCAUGUUUAGUUUAGAUUUAUAUACAAUAUCCGAAUAUCCGUCUGCAACUCUGCAUCUCGUAUCACAAUGAUCAAAAAUUUGUGUUCAAAUUAUCCAUUGUAAAAAGAAUGUGUCUUUUUUAAA